AUGUCACUGUAUGGCGAUUCAGGAAUAAUAAUACUAUCAGAUUCAGAUGAUGAAGAUGAAACUCCUCAAAUUAAUAACCACACGUCCGAUAUUCAAAAACAACAACAACAACCACAACCGCCACAACAACAACAAAUACCAUUAGACAUACCGUCAGCUUCUGUAUCACCUACUUCAACCCCACCAACACAGGGAAACGGUCCUAGUAUUCUCCAUUCAAGGCCAACAAGUAUGACAUCCAAUUCAAUACAACAACCAGCACCAAAAAGAUUACGAUUAGAUUCAUUAAAUUCCACAAAAAGAAUUGGAAGAUUAGAUUCCUUAAAUACAACAAGAAGAAGUAACAACAACGCGCCUUCUUUAUUUGUGAAUAGAAAUCAAACCCCUUCAGUUGUUCUGCUUACAAGUUCAAAUAGUGAUACCCCUGCAAAUGGAAGUAGUAGAUCUACGACCCAAAGCGUGACACCAUUAACGCUGGGAAUCAACACACGUGUGCCACCAACAGCAACAGGCAGUCGUGAUAGAGUUGAGGUUAUAUCCUUAAGUUCAGAUGAUGAAGAUGGUAAUGAUCUUAGUUUUAAUCAAUCAUUUGUGGACACCCCUCCAUCUCAUGUCAUCUCACCUGAUAAUGCUAAUGACGCAGAUGGUGAUGAUGAAUUAAUGAUUUUAAGUCCAGAUAUUGCAAAAGUAGGCAAAUUCAAACCUAGUUCUUUUGAACAGAGAGGAUAUCAGGAAAUACAAUAUCCCCAACAACAUCAACAACAACAACCAUAUCAAUGGGGUGAUUUUUCAUACGCGACUGACGCGUCUGGACAACAACAACAAACGUAUAAUAAUCCUCGCCUAGCCAAUGGAUUAUAUAAUCAACCAGCACCAGUUCCACAUGCUGAUCAAAACCUAAAUCUAAUAAGACAACAAGAAUUUCUGAAUCGACAAUCGAGAAUGGCUCAAGAUAUUUUUAAACUACAACAAGAUAAACGUACUCUCCAGCAAAAACUCCAAUCUAUAAAGACCACAAUAGAUAAUUACAAGAAUCAGUUAAUUACUCAUAAACGGAAAUUAUCAGAAGCGGUCAGGACUGGGGAUGAACAUACUAGACUAGCUACUAGACGAUUAGUUGAGUUUCUAAUGAGUGGAAUAUCGAAAUUACAAUCAUCAAUUCCAUCAUAUGCUACGAAAAUCCAAGCUAUUAAUAGUCAUUUAACGCACUUAGGUAGAAUGGGAGCAUUACCACCGGGAGUAAAUCCAGUUGAUUUAACAACAACAAUCGCUUAUGAACAACCACCAAUCCAGCCAGUAAUCCAACAACCAAUUGGAUAUCAAAGUAAUAUCUAUGCCGAUGAUUCCGAUAUUCGAAACUUGAUGGAUAAUAUCAAACCACCAGAAGAUUUAAUCGAAGGUAUGGAAUCCACCCCAGAAGAAUUAAAUAUCAGUUUAUUAAAGCAUCAAAGAAUCGGAGUCGCUUGGAUGAAACGUAUGGAAGAUUCACGACAUCAUGGAGGAAUCCUAGCUGAUGAUAUGGGUCUCGGGAAAACCGUCCAAACUAUUGCAUUAAUGAUGGCACAUAAGCCCCUGGAUGAACUUGAAUGUAAGACGACUUUGAUUGUGGGACCUGUUUCGUUGUUAAGACAAUGGGCGGCAGAGAUUGAAUCGAAGAUAAAACCAACUUAUCCCUUGCAUGUUGGGAUAUAUCAUGGAUUAGAACGGAAAUCGAUGUCGAGCUAUGAGAGUUUGAGAGAAUAUGAUGUUUUGUUAACGAGUUAUCAUACGUUGAGUAAUGAGUGGAAACGACAUUUUGCCGAAGAAUUGGCGGAAUUAAAAGCAAGCAAAGAUCCAAAUUUACCGGAUAGCAAUAGUGGUGGUCGAAGUUAUGAUUCACCUUUCUAUGGGAACAAUUCAAGAUUUUAUAGAAUUGUAUUAGAUGAAGCACAAGCUAUUAAGAAUAGGAAUGCAUUUGCAAGUAAAGCAGUCAUAUAUCUAAAAGCUAAGUAUCGUUUUUGUUUAUCUGGUACACCCAUGCAGAAUAAUGUUGAAGAAUUAUAUCCAAUUAUAAGAUUUUUACAAAUUAAACCAUAUAAUAAUCUUCAAAAGUUCCGGGCAGAUAUAAUUGUUCCCUUGAAAUCGAAAUCAGGAAACUAUGAUAAACGAGAUCAAAAUGACUCAAUGAGAAAGCUUCGAGCAAUCUUAAGUGCGAUCCUAUUACGCCGUACCAAAACUUCUGAAAUUGAUGGCAAACCAAUCUUGGAGCUACCUGAAAAAGUCCUUCAUUCUGAUUUCGUUGAAAUGGAUGAACAAGAAAUGAAAUUCUAUAAGGAGUUAGAAACUGGAAUCCAAAAGAAAGCUGAAAAGAUGUUAGAUGAACGGAAAAUGACCGGUGUAUUGGUAUUGUUACUUAGAUUGAGACAAGCUUGUUGUCAUCAAUAUUUGGUUGAGAUUGGGGAGAUGAAGGCGGCUCAGAGAUCAAAUAACGAGAAUUUAUUGAAUGAUUGGAAAAAGAUGUAUUAUAUGAAUACUUGUUUAGAAGAGAAAGUUUUGUUGAAUGUUAAGAGAUUAACAUCUUCAAGUCUGUUACCUGCACCUGGAGCCGAUGUCAAGUUAGAUGAAAGUGAUAAUGAGGAAAUGUUGACUUGUCCUGUCUGUUUUGAUGUAUUGAGUGAAGAUUCUUCUAUGGUUUUAUUUGCAGAAUGUGGGCAUUUAAUUUGUCAAUCAUGUAUUGAAGCCUUUUUUGAAAAGAAUACUGCUGAUGAAGAUAAUUCCGGUAAUAGAAUAGCGACUUGUUCAGAAUGUAAUACUCCAGUCAAAGAAACCAAUUUAAUCGAUUAUAUAAUAUUCAAGAAAACCCAUCAAGAAAACCUCCCAGAGCAAGAAGUCAAACGAUUCUGCGAACAAUACUACAACACGUCCAACAAAAAAGACAAUCUCGCCAUCAUCCACGACUUAGUCCGUCGAGAUGAAGGAUUCACACCCUCCGCCAAAAUGGAAAAAGCAAUCGAAUUGAUCAAAAACGUCUUCCUCACGAAACCGGGAGAGAAAAUCAUCAUAUUUUCCCAAUUCGUCACCUUAUUCGACUUGAUGAAAUUGGUAUUACGUCGAGAAAAAAUCGAUUUCUUAAGAUAUGACGGUUCAAUGAAUAUGGAUCAUAAAAAUACUGUCAUCAAACAAUUCUAUCAAACCGAUACAAAGGUCUUGUUGCUUUCUUUACGAUCCGGAAAUGUUGGGUUAACAUUAACAUGUGCCUCGCAUGUGAUUAUAAUGGAUCCAUUUUGGAAUCCAUAUGUGGAGGAACAAGCUAUGGAUAGGGCCCAUCGUAUUGGACAACAGCGGGAAGUUAAUGUGCAUAGAAUAUUGAUUAGUGGGACCGUUGAAAAGAGAAUUAUGGAAUUGCAAGACCUGAAGAAGGAAUUGGUUGAGAGCGCAUUGAAUGAGAAGGAAAUGAAAUCAGUUUCGAGAUUGGGACAGAGAGAACUUGGAUUCUUAUUCGGAUUGAAUGAUUUACGAGCACCAUAA